CAGUAUUGACUAGACAUUGGAAGCACUCAGUUCAGCGCUCAGCUUCAGCGGGUUAUCAGUACGAACAAAAUUGUCGUUGCUACAAAUACAUAGAUAGCAAUGUUAUUAAUUUUAGUCUUAGCGGUAUUGGCUGGAAGCCGAUUUGCUCAUGCCGAAUGCUCAGACAAGGAAUUUACUUGCUCGGACAGAACUUGCAUUAAUGAUGCGUUGAAGUGCAAUGGAAAAAAGGACUGUGCUGAUGGCAGUGACGAGACUUUCGUGGCUUGCUAUGCAUCAAUUUGUGAGAAUGAUGAUCUGUUCAGAUGUAACUAUGGUGGCUGUGUGGCCAAAGCCAAGCAGUGUGAUGGCGUUAAAGACUGUUGGGAUAACAGCGAUGAAAAUACAUUUUUGUGUGCUAAUGAGACAAGCAUGAAUGUACUCCUUGACGAACUUCGAGGUGAUUGCAGUGAGCUUUAUGGUCUCUCCUGCGAGGUAAAGUCUAAAAAUAUAUGCUUGAGGUGGAGUCAGAUUUGUGACGGUGUUACAGAUUGUUCAAACGAGAUAGAUGAAAAACAUGAACUAUGCUCCUCAACAUUAUGUCCAGCUAAAUCAUUUCGUUGUGAAAACGGCGCCUGUAUUCAAAAAAAGAGUUUGUGCAAUCGCCAGGUUGAUUGUGCCGAUGGAAGUGAUGAAAUUCCCGAGAUAUGCGAUCCACCAGUAAAUUUAGAAAAUAACGCAGUGCCAACCCAACUACCAAAGGAUAAAACUUCGAUAAUUCCACCCAAACACAAUGUUUGGAAGAAAAGUGGAUGUAAAUUGCCCCAACAGACUGGAAUGUAUGCUACUGAUUACUUCACGGAUAUUAGCUAUAAACCAAAUAGUGAAGUUCCGGUCCGAACAGUUGUGGUUGUGAAUUGUAGAGAAGGAUACGAGAACUUUAAUUCGGGUAUCAAUAGAUGUGUUGGUAAUGAUGAUGAUCAAGAGAAUGCAUGGUCCGAUUUAUUUAGAUGUGUGCGACGUUGCGACCAAAGUCCCAUGAUACGCAAUCCUCGCUAUUCAACACAAUGCAUUGGGAAUUCAGGUUUAAAUGAUUGCAAAACUGAUGCCCACAUUUUGGAUACAGAGCUGAGAGUAACUUGUGCUCCUGGAUUCGAAGCAUUUAACGAUGCUAACCAAAUGGGCAAACAUAUCUGCGAUGACGAUGGUUCGUGGAGCAUGAAAGAAGUGAACCCCAAAUGUGAAGCGAUUUGUGGCAUUAAGUCAAAACAUCAUCCGAAUGUUACGCCUUGGAAAGUCAGCCUAUUUGUACGCGCCUCUGCACGCGAUAACACAUAUAACUUCAAAUGUUCAGGCACAAUCCUUUCACCAUAUGUUGUACUCACGGCCAUAUCGUGUUUUGAUAGCAGGCCCAAAGAGGACGACGGCAGGUUAUUUUACUCGGUUAUUGAAGGUGAUUACAAUGUCAGCUACAAGGAAUCUGAUGACCAUGGUUACAUGAUACACUUCAUUGCGGACAUUAACACAGUUACACAGCCUGAAACUAAAGUUCCCCAAGCCGCAUUAAUUAUCCUCGUCAAGCCGUUCCAGUUUGGCGCCAAAGUUAGACCCAUUUGCUUCGAUACAAGUGUAAGCGAAGAGAAGGUUGCUCUUGAGUCCCCUGGUGACUUCAGUGAAUUCCAGAAGGGGGAAAGUGUGGUCAAAGGUUCGGACAACGAUAAAUAUAGUUUAACGCAUCUUGUAGUCAGCAAUGCGAUGAGUUACAAUGUGGAAGCAUUUGCUAAAGCGAUCGGCGAAACUAUUCAAGACAGCGAAAACAUUUUUUGAACAUUUAAUUCACUUUAUUAUUUUUCGAUUUUAGAGCUAAAAAUAAAUGUCAAUUUACAUUAACUAAAACACACACAUACACAUCUAAUAUUGGCAAUUACAUAAGUAUGUAUGUACGAGA